CUUUCUAAGCCUUUACCUUUACUCUAUGAAUAUUAAUUUGCAAAAAUAAAAUACAAACAUUGCAAAAAGAUUACAAAGUGCCUACCUACUCUGCCUCUUGAUUUAACCAAAAUUCAAACAAAACCCUCUUCAAGUUUCACUUUGCAGGCAUACCUAGUACCCACUACCCACCUAUUGUUAUUCAGUGUGUUUCAGUGCAAAGAGUUUUAGUCACGAGUAAAUCGUCACAGAAAAAGCACAUGAGCGAACUUGCAAUAAGUUGAACUAACACUCCAAGAUGGAUGAACUAACCCACAAGUUUACAUGUAAUGCUGACUAUCUCAUUGAACCAAAGAAGGAAAUUUUGGACGACGAUUGUGAGGAUGACACAGACAUUAAACCUAAGAUUGAGGAACUAACCCACAAGUCUACAUGUGAUGCCUACUGCCUCGUAGAACCCAAGAAGGAAGUGUUGGACGAGGAUUGUGAGCAUGACACGGACCUUAUACCUAAGAUUGAAAAACUAACCUACGAGUCUAAAUGUGAUGCCUAUUGCCUCAUACAACCCAAGGAGGAAGUGAUAACCGACGACUGUGAGAAUGACACAGACAUUAUUAUACCCAAGGAAGAGCUAUCAAACAGUAGUCUACACUUAGAUGAUGAUCUGAGUGAAGACAACGUGGUCAAUGACCAUGUGGUCAUGCCCAUCAAGACAGAACUAAUUUUCAGUAAAAACAUCGCUCAAAUACGCGGACAAUACGGGUCACCAGACAAGGAUGUGUAUGUGGAACAGUCAGUGGUAGGAACUAAAUCGGAGCGGCGCGACGACGCGAGUGUGGAAGCGGCAGGCGCAUCACCACACCCAUUUUUGCUGAACAUUUGCAUGCUGACUCGACCCCGUAGAGCUGCUGAGAAAAAAGAGCUUCCCUAUUGCCAUGUCUGUAAGAAACAGUUUAAUUACAGAAGCGGCCUAGAUCGCCAUAUGACGACUCACACUAGUGACAAACCUUUUUCUUGUAAAUCAUGCCAGAAAAAAUUUACAAGUGAAAGUUAUUUAAAAAAACACAUGAGGACUCACACUGGAGAGAAACCUUUCUCCUGUCACCUAUGUCAGAGUCAAUUCACACUAAAACAAAGUUUAACUAGACACAUGACGAUUCACGACGGAGAAGAAAGUUUUUCUUGUGGUCUAUGUCGUAAGAAAUUUACACAGAAAAGGAAUUUAACAACACACAUGAAGACUCACACAGGUGAGAAAAUGCACUCUUGUAACCUGUGUCUGAAGAAAUUCAAAGUGAAAAGUAAUUUGACAGUCCACAUGAGGACUCACACUGGUGAGAAAAUGUAUUCUUGUAAACUGUGUCAGAGGCAAUUUACACAGAAGAGCAAUUUAACAGUUCACAUGAGAACUCACACAGGUGAGAAAAUGUAUUCUUGUAACCUGUGUCAGAGGCAAUUUACACAGAAAAGUAAUUUGACAGUUCACAUGAGAACUCACACAGGUGAGAAAAUGUAUUCUUGUAAACUGUGUCAGAGGCAAUUUACACAGAAAAGUAAUUUGACAGUUCACAUGAGAACUCAUACAGGUGAGAAAAUGUAUUCUUGUAACCUGUGUCAGAGGCAAUUUACACAGAAAAGUAAUUUGACAGUUCACAUGAGAACUCAUACAGGUGAGAAAAUGUAUUCUUGUAACCUGUGUUCGAGGAAAUUCACAGUGAAAAAUAAUUUAACAAUACACAUCAUGAAAUCUCACGCGGGUGAGGAAAUUCACAGUGAAAAAUAAUUUAACUAUACCCAUGAGAACUCACACAGGUGAAAAGUGAGAACAUGUAUUCUUGUAAACUGUGUCAGAGGCAAUUUACACAGAAAAGUAAUUUGACAGUUCACAUGAGAACUCAUACAGGUGAGAAAAUGUAUUC